AUGUACCCCCCGUCGCUUGCGCCGUGGGCAUUGCUCGCCCUGGGCUUGAUGCCAGCUCGAACUCUUGCAGCCGACACCCUCAGCACCGACGGAGUGUCAACCUGUCUAGAUGGUUCCGACAUUGAGGUUCAAAAGUUGAACAUCACCUACACACGUUCGACACGGCAACUUGUCUUUGACGUUGCUGGAACCAACGAAAAGGAACAGAAUGUCACGGCCUCCCUAACCGUGACAGCAUACGGAAACGAGAUCUAUAACAAGGAUUUUGACCCAUGCAGCAGUGAUAACUACAUCGAACAGCUGUGUCCCGUUCCUUCCGGCCACUUCGCAGCGACAGGAUCCCAGGAAAUUCCCGAAUCGUUCGCUAGCCAGAUCCCCUCAAUCGCCUUUGCCAUUCCCGAUCUCGAUGGACAGGCAAAGCUCGAGUUGAAAUCCAAAGACGACAGUAAUGAGGUCGCCUGCAUCACGUCCGAAUUGACCAACGGCAAAUCCAUGGAGAUGCACAGUGUCACCUAUGCCGCUGCGGGUGUCGCAGCAGGAGCUUUGGCCCUUAGCGGAUUGUCCGCCCUCGGUACUGCUGGACAUGCCGGGGCGCCGUCCGCAAGUCCUGGAUUUGGCGAUGUCAUGGGUUGGUUCCAUACCAUGGCCACUAACGGUAUGCUGAGCGUCAGCUACCCCACCGUCUAUCGCAGUUUCACCAGAAACUUCGGUUUCAGCACCGGAAUGAUCCCGUGGGGCCAGAUGCAAGAAACCAUCGACAACUUCAGAGCAUCUACCGGCGGUAACAUCACCCAGAACAGUUACCAAUUUCUCCAAAACGCGACCAUUACCUUCAACGAUGUAUCAUCCUCGAAUUCGUCCAACACUAAGCGCGCAUUCAACAUGGUCGUGACCACCGCGGACUUGGUCGCACGAGAACUCUCGACUUCCUUCAGUCAGGACUCGAACUCUACUGACAGCAGUGAUGAUGAUGACACCCUAAAGGAAAAGCUCUCCGGUCUCGAGGCGUGGGCUGCGCAGUACAAAGUGCCCGCAGCAAACACCUUCAUGACCGUUCUACUCUUCUUCGCCAUCGUUGUUGCCGCCAUCGUUGUCGGAAUCUUGCUCUUCAAGGUCAUUCUGGAGCUGUGGGCUCUCUACGGCACAUUCCCCGAGAAGCUGAAGACGUUCCGUAAGGACUACUGGGGUUACAUGGCUCGGACGAUCACCAACUUGAUCAUGAUCCUCUACAGUAUCUGGGUCUUGUACUGCGUGUACCAGUUAACCAGUGGUGACUCGUGGGCCGCCAAAGUCCUCGCUGGCGUGACCCUCGUCCUUUUUACCGCCGUCCUGGCCUUCUUCGGCUGGCGAAUCUUCCGCAUGGCCCAGAAGUACAAGAAAGCCGAGGGCGACGCGUCGGGUCUGUUCGAGAACAAAGAAACAUGGCGCAAGUACAGUCUCUUCUACGACAACUACAAGAAAGACUACUGGUGGCUCUUCGUCCCCGUCAUCGUGUACAUGUUCGCCAAGGGCUGCAUUCUCGCCGCAGGCAACGGUCACGGCCUGUUCCAGUCCGUUGGCCAGCUCGUCGUCGAGGCCCUGAUGCUGAUUCUGCUGCUGUGGCACCGCCCGUACGUCGCCAAAUCCACCCAGUGGAUCAACAUCAGCAUCCAAGUCGUCCGCGUCUUGUCCGUCGCCUGUGUGCUGGUCUUUGUCGAGGAACUGGGCCUGUCGCAGACGACCAAAACCGUCACUGGCAUCGUCCUGAUCGCAGUGCAAUCCGCCUUGACCGGUAUCUUGGCCAUCCUCAUCGCCACCAACGCCAUCAUCCUGUGUGUCCGCGAGAACCCUCACGCCCGUCGCAGAAGAGAAGCCAAAAAAAUGGGCCGUGAUAUCGAUGACCUCACUCCCCUGGAUGCCCGCGAAUCGCUGCUCAUGGACCACAACCCUCGCAAGGACAACUCCGAAAUGAGCAAGUUCAACUUCACCGGCCCCUACGCCCCCUACCACGACCAGCCCCCGUACGACCCCAGGUCUCGCCAGAGUCCGACCGGCAGCACCGACCGUCUCGUCGAGCCCGGCUACGGCUUCAACGACCACCAUGGACGCAGCGUCAGCCGGGAAAGUCGACAAAGCCGCGACAGUCGGGGCUCGCCCGAUGGUCGCCAUCCCACGGCCCCGGGCUACGGGUUCGCAUAUUAG